AUGUCAAACCGUUCUAAAAUGAGAGACUUUAAUAAAUUACAAAGGACAAUUCAUAGCUUCUCAAAUGGUGAAGCGAAAAUUUUAUCCUUUGAUGACGAACUGACGAAGUUUGAAGUUGAACUAAACAUAAAAGAUGGCCUCUACAAAGAUGGCAUUUUCACUUUUGAAGUGGAAUUUGUCGAUAACUAUCCAAUACAUUCUCCAUCAGUGAGAUUCACAAGUCAAAUACUUCACCCAAACAUUGGUGAUGGCUACGACAGCGGCGUUGUUUGUUUAAAUUUGCUGUCGGAUGAUUGGCAUGCAAAUGAUUUGGAAGAUGUUGUUCAAGGUAUGCUAUUCCUUGUAAAAAAUCCUUCCCUAGAUGAUGCUUUAAAUCCGUUAUUUUGUGACAUCGAAGAGACGAAUAUAAACCGGAUGUUAAUUGUACUCGAACAUUUUCCGAACUUGUACGACGAUCUCGAAGGAAUGGAGAUUGAGGGAGUGAAAUUUAGGAGAAAUCCUGGACUUCUUCUUAAAGACAAAAUUGCUUGUUCAUUGGACACUGAAAAAAAUAAUUUAAAUUCUACUCUAAAUAGUCAUGCAGAUUGAUAUUUAUUGUGAUCCUAUUACAAAUUUCAUUUCUUGCCAUUGUUUCCAUAUUCUUGAGCGAACAGAUUUCAAAUGAUGAAGACUCAAUAUAUUUUACUGGUUGGUAAAGAAUCUCCUGUUCUAUUUACCUCAUUUGAAACAUUGCUUUAGAAAGAAUCAUGAAUGCAAAUGAUUGCACUAUCUUUGACAAGUUUUUCUGCUUAAGGUGGCUCUCCCGUGAGUGCUUACUUCAUAAUCUAUUAGUAAAAGGGAGGGUAGGGUGUGUUGUAGUGUCUUCAUGUGUUGUUGUCACGGGAAUCUUUUCUAUUAUAGAAAGUUGAAUUAAAAUUUUGGGUUUUAUUUUGUA